UUCAGCUGAAACAGACUUGAGUGGGAGGAAGAACUACAGGAAAUAUGUCAUGGCUGUGGUUGUAAUGGGUGUGGAAGAGCCAACGUUAAUGGAUAAAUAUCUCAAAGCAUAAGGCUGGAAAGACGCCACAGAAAGAUGAUGGCUAGAGGCCAUGGAUCAUUGGGCUUCUCUGUCCCGCUCUGGCUUUUUAUGGGUGGGUUCUUGCAUAUCCAUCCCCCAGUAUGGACCCUCAAUUUACAUGCCGGUGCUCCCACAGUAUACUCUGGACCCAGCGGAAGCUAUUUUGGCUUUGCCUUGGAUUUCUACCGGGACAGUAAAGGCAGCAUGAAUGUGGUUGUUGGAGCGCCUCUGGCAAACACCUCGCAGCCUGGUGUGAUGGAAGCAGGGUCUGUCUACUUGUGCCCUUGGGGACCCACUGGUGGUGACUGCAACCCUAUUGAAUUUGAUACCAAAGGCGAUCAAGUGGCGCAACAGGGUUAUAUUAGAAUGGAAGUCUUCAAGUCCAAACAAUGGUUUGGAGCAUCUGUGAACACCUGGAAAGACAAUAUUAUGGCCUGUGCUCCUCUGCAGCACUGGAAUGCUUUUGUCGGUCAAGAUCAGGCCACAAAGACCCCAGUAGGCAGCUGUUUUUUGGCCUCGGAAGGCCUGCAGCGUUUCUCUGAAUAUUCACCCUGCCGUGACAUUCGCAUGCAGUCCUUUUACAGUUCAAUCUCCUAUGGAAAUGACAAACGAUACUGCGAACUUGGAUUCAGUUCUGCCAUCUCUAACUCUGGGAAUGCUGUGUUUGGAGGCCCUGGUGGAUAUUAUUUUGGAGGUCUGAUUUAUUCCAUUAAUGCGUCAGUAAUCCAAAGCAAUUUGCCUCGCCUGUUGUGGUCUGUGCCCUCACAGUAUGUGACAAGUGACUUCUCAGACUGGACUUACAACGAUGGCUAUCGAGGGUACUCAGUGGCUUUAGGGGAAUUUAAUGAAGACCCUACAUCAGAUGAAUACGUGGUCGGCGUUCCUAACAAAAGCGAAACGAAAGGCGUGGUGGAAAUUCUCAUCCUGAAAAAAUUCUUCCGAGUUCUUUGGACCAUCCCCAGUGAGCAGAUCGCAUCAUAUUUUGGGCACACGGUGGCAGUCGCUGAUGUCAAUGGAGAUGGGAAGGAUGAUAUUCUUGUGGGAGCCCCUCUCUUCAUGGAGCGUCGCUCAGAUCGGAAACUCUAUGAAGUUGGAAGAGUUUACUUAUACCUACAGCGCAAGACUCCCAAUGCUUACAGCACCCCCUGGCAGAGGCUGACGGGCACCGAUGUCUAUGGGCGCUUUGGCAUGGCCAUUGCUCCCCUGGGUGACAUAGACCAGGAUGGAUACAUUGAUAUUGCUAUUGGAGCCCCGUUCGCUGGACAGGAUGACGGUGGCCGUGUUUACAUCUACCACGGAGGGAACGAUGGCUUGAGUGCAUCCCCAAAGCAGAUCCUAGAGAAUCCUUUCACUGGACCAGCUGGCUUUGGUUUUGCCAUACGCGGAGCUUCAGAUGUUGAUGCAAAUGGCUACCCCGAUGUACUGGUCGGAGCCUAUAGAGCUAGCAAAGUGGCUGUGUACAGAGCUCAGCCAGUCGUGGUGGUCAAAGCCCAGCUGGUCUUGCCAGAUGUGCUGAAUCCAGAGAAUAAAAUGUGUGAAGCAUCAGGAGCACAAGUCAGCUGCUUCACAAUCCAGAUGUGCGUUGGAGUGUCAGGAAAAAGCAUGCCACAGAAAAUUGCCCUGCUUGCCGAGCUACAGCUGGACCGUAUGAAGCAGAGAUUUGGACGUCGUGUUUUCUUGCUCCAGAACAGCCAAUCAAGCCGGAUGUUCCCCCUGGAGCUGUCAGGAAAGAUUCCCCAUACCUGCCAAAAUGUCACUGCCUACCUGAGGGAUGAGACUGAUUUCAAGGACAAACUGAGCCCCAUUGCUGUGAGCCUCAACUUCAGUCUGGCAUCAACCUCCAGAGUCGAAGAGCUGCAGCCUGUGCUAUACGGACAACUAAUGGUCCAGGAGCAGACUCGUAUUAUUCUGGAUUGUGGAGAUGACAACGUUUGCAUCCCGAACCUCAAACUCUCUGCUCACACAAAUGAAGGUUCUCUGCUGAUCGGGGCAGACAAUGUGCUUCUCAUCCAGGCGACAGCAGUGAAUGAUGGUGAAGGUGCUUACGAGGCAGAGCUGGUUGUGGAGCUUCCUGCUGGAGCUUACUUCCAAAAAGCAAGCAGCAGUACACAGAAGUUGAUUUGCAACUCCCGCAAAGAAAAUGAGACCCGCCUGGUGGCCUGUGAAAUGGGCAACCCAAUGAAAGCUGGCACAGAGAUCAAGGUAGAUGUGGAACUAAGUGUCAGCCAACUGGAAAAUGCUGAGGAUACCAUCAGAUUCAUGCUGCAGUUGAAGAGCAAGAAUUCACUCAAUUCCAGCAGUAAUGUGGUACGACUGCCAGUCCCUGUCAAGGUGGCUGCAAAGAUGGAGCUGCUAGGGAUUUCUGCACCAACCGACAUUGUGCUCCCUGUGGCCACAGAUUAUAACAACAACAGCAUGAAGGCAGAUGACUAUGGACCCAAAGUUGAACACAUCUAUCGGUUGCAGAAUGCAGGUCCUAGCACUGUGUCUGGGGCUGAACUCCUUGUGGAUUUUCCCAACAACUUCUGGGACGGCUUCUUGCUCUACAUCACCAGGGUCAACACUGAGGGCAACAUUGUCUGCUCGCCCUUGAAUGAGACCAAUCCCCUCAAGCUGGAACUCCAAGAGCCCAUGACUACGCCAAGCUCCAAUAGAAGCAUCCAGAGAGGACGCUGGCGUCAGAAGCGUGACUUGAGUCCUGUAACACCAGAGGAACCAGCGGUGAUGGUGAACUGUAGCAGCCAAAUCUGCGCUGUCCUUCACUGUCAAGUGGGAUUACUGGAGAAAGGGCAAGGAGCCAUGGUGACGAUCCAUGCUGUUUUGUGGUUGCCAAGUUUCCGAGAGCGGCCUGUGGAACAGUUUCUCAUCCAGUCUCAAGCCCAUUUCAACGUUUCAGGAAUGCCAUACCACAUUCAGCCAGAAGUUCUACCAAGUGGAUCUGCUGUGGCGAAGACACGAGUGGAGUGGGUGAAUCCAGAUGCUGAGAGGAAGAUCCCUGUAUGGUGGAUCAUAGUAGCUGUCUUGGUGGGACUUCUCCUUCUUGCCACCUUCAUUAUAAUUCUUUGGAAGACGGGCUUUUUCAAGAGAAAGCGUCCACCCACAGAGGAUGAGGAGCAGCUAACCAAUGAGCCUGGGGCACAGUCACCUGGUGAUGGGAACGAAUGAGGAUGUGAUGCUUCCACAUACACAACUCAUCUGAACUCAUUCCUGCUCUGAACCAUCCUUGAAUACGGUUCUGAGAUGACGCCCUCUGGAUCUUUCACUCUUUCACCACCUUCCCUUAUUCAUAUCAUACCACCUUAUUCAUUAGCAUUUGAUUGCCUGGCAGUGCCUGGAGCAAUCUUUUGUUGAGAGGUGAUUAGAUGUCCUUGUUUGUUUCCUAAUCACCUCUCAACAAAAGAUUGCUCCAGGCACUGCCAGGCAAUCAAAUACUAAUCAAGGUGGUCAGCUGAAACAUUCACACCUAGCUCCAGCAGACAAGAGUCCUUUGUCUCACCCUGGUCAUUCCACAGAUAUAUAAACCCUUUUCCCUAGUUCCAACAGACCUCACUACCUCUGAGGAUGCUUGCCAAAGAUGCAGGCGAAACAUCAGGAGAAAUGCCUCUAGAACAUGGCCAUAUAGCCUGAAAAAACCUACAACAACCCAAAUCUGAUUGUUCAUAUGUUUAAUGAGCAGAGAAUAUUCACUCUUUUGUAAAUCUUUUGCAUUUUUUUUAUUUUUUCUUUUUUUUCUUUUGUUCAUCUGUUUUGUUUUCUACUUACACUAUAAAAGAAUAAAAAAGAAAAAAAUAAGGCUAAACAUGCCCAGCUCUUUAAGCCACUCCUCAUAGGGCUUGUUCUCCAGACCCUUUAUCAUCUUAGUCGCCCUCCUCUGGACACAUUCCAGCUUGUCAAUAUCUCUCUUCAAUUGUGGUGCCCAGAAUUGGACACAAUAUUCCAGGUGUGGUCUAACCAAGGCAGAAUAGAGCAUGGGUAGCAUGACUUCCCUGGGUCUAGAGCCUAGACACUAUACUUCUAUUGAAGAGAGAUGAAUAUGCCGAACAUGAGAACCUUCCCUUGUGCACAUUUAAAAAAAAUGAUAUGUGGCUUACCUUCCCUUAAAAGAGGGGCGUGGAACUUGUGUCUUCCUUACAUGUGGAUGGACCACAACUCCCAUCACCCAUGUCCACAUUCCAGAACUGAUGGGUAAAGGAGACCAACAACAUCUGGAGAGCUUCACGUUCUACAUCUCUGCAUUAAAUAUAAAACAGCAGGAGUUAAUAGGCAAAUAUGAACACAGAUGAGAACUAAUAACAUAAUUCCCUAGAAUUGAAAUCAUGAAUAUGACUGAAUUCUUUUAAAAAAUAACUUGGGUGUCCUCCACACUGUCUUUUCACUCUUCUGCAGGCUAGUGCCUUUGAUGUUUCAAAAUUUCACUGUAACAGAUAUUUUAAUAAUAAUAAUAAUAAUAAUAAUAAUAAUAAUAAUAAUAAUGAAUUUGUACUUGUUUGUGAACUUCCUGGUGAGAUUGUAUGAUAAAUGAGUCAUGGGUCCAUGGACUGUAAUAAAGUAUUGUUGUU